AUUCUAAGGACAUAUAAGGGAAGAAAUCUUGUCGAGAGGAGCCCAAAAAUACGGUCAAGAGGACAAAAUGUCAAUCAAUCGGAGUGUAUAAGUAUGCCAUCGAUCGGAGAUGAAGGAGCCGUCCAAGGAACAAGUCAAAAGUCCACCUCCUUUGUGCCCAAGCAGAUCUCUCUGUCUCUGUCAACUCGAGAUCCAAAUCCUCCAAAGCAGCAGCCACACGAGAAGGUAGCCAUGGAAUCGGAGAGCACGCCGCAGCUAUCGCUAAAGAUCUCGAGAAGCAACAGCAGCAGCUGCUGUCAAAGUGGAAGAGCGGAGGAGAAGGAAGGAGAUCAAGUAAAGGAGGAGCCGGUGAGCCCCGCGGGUCUGGUGUUCCGGCAGGAGCACACGAACUGCUACAUCAUCGCUAUUCUUGGGUUCGGCAAGCCCCUCGACGUCGCCAUCAUCAAGGCCGGCCUGGAGGCGACGCUUGCCCGCCACCCCCGCUUCUCCAGCGUCCAGGUGAGCGACGACGACCGCGAGGGGACGACGUUGAGGUGGAAACCGACAAAAGUGGACGUCGACGACCACGUCGUCGUCCCCGACCUCCACCCGGAGAGCUCCUCCUCCGACACCGCUUCCCCGGACCAGCUGGUGGAGGACUACGUGGCAUCCCUCACCACCGUCCCCAUGAACUCCUCCCGCCCCCUCUGGGAGCUGCACCUCCUCAACAUCCCCACAUCCGAGGCCGCCGCCGUGGCCGUCUUCCGCAUCCACCAUUCCCUCGGAGACGGCGCCUCCCUCAUCUCCCUUCUCCUCGCCUGCACUCGCCGCACCGCCGACCCCACCUCCCUCCCCACCCUACCCGAAUCCCGACCGCCGCCGCCUCCACCUCCGACCUCCGCGCCCCCCCUCGCUCUGCUCCUCUACAUCUGGACCGUUCUCGUCGUUUCAUGGAACACGCUGGUCGACUUCGUCGUCCUCGUCGCCACUUCCAUAUGGUUGAAGGACACCCCGACGGCGUUGAAGGGCGGAGAGGGCGUGGAGUUCCGCUCCAAGCGCGUCGUGCACCGCACCGUGAGUCUCGACGACGUCAAGGACAUCAAGAACUCCAUGCACUGUACCGUAAAUGAUGUACUUGUGGGUGUCACAUCUGCCGGAAUCUCUCGCUACCUCCACAGAAGGCAUGGUGAGACUAAUGAUGGGAAGAAGCAGCAGCUCCUCAAGGCGAGCACCCGACUCCGGUCAGCCAUGAUUAUCAACAUGAGACCAAAGCUUGAGAUUCAUCAGGAUUUAGCAGAGAUGAUGGCAGGCAAAAAUUGUGGGGUCAAGUGGGGGAAUUUGAUCAGCUAUGUCAUCUUGCCAUUUCCGAUUGCGAUGUACGAAGAUCCCCUCGACUACGUCCGCAAGGGAAAGGCAGCUGUGGACAGGAAGAAGAACUCUUUGCAGGCUGUGUUAGCGUAUCGAUGUGCCACUUUCUUGAUCAAAAUGUUUGGGGUCAAGGGAGGAGCCGAUAUGACCUAUGGACUCAUCUCUAACACCACAUUUUCUUACUCGAAUGUUGUCGGGCCAGUCGAUGAAAUUAGCUUCUACGGCCACCCAAUCCUGUACCUUGCUCCCAGUGUAUAUGGCCAUCCCCAUGCUCUGACGCUGCAUUAUCAGAGUUACAUGAACACUAUGAAGAUAGUCGUCGCAGUAGAUGAGUCGACGAUACCAUAUCCGCACCAGCUAUUGGAUGACUUGGCCGAAUCUCUCAAAGUCAUCAAGGAGGCAAUUCCUACAAAAAAAUCAUAAUGUACGCACGAUGAACUCAUGUCACAUUGAUACUGAAUAAACUGCAAACUGUUGUUGUAACAUUCAUUAAUUUUGAUACUUGCAAAUUGUGCAGUUGCACGAGUGAACUUUUUUUUAUGCUGUAACAUCAUAUCGAAGUA